AUGGACACCCUCGGCUACCCUUCGCCGCUGCCCACCACCUCAGAACCCGAAAACGCCUCGGCCUGGCUCCCGGAUGCCACCCUGGGAAACACAUCCGCGGCCCCGGGCGCGGCCGGACUGGCCGUCCGGGGCGUCCUCAUCCCGCUGGUCUACCUGGUGGUGUGCGUGGUGGGCCUGCUGGGCAACUCGCUGGUCAUCUACGUGGUCCUGCGGCACGCGGCCAGCCCGUCCGUCACCAACGUCUACAUCCUCAACCUGGCGCUGGCCGACGAGCUGUUCAUGCUGGGGCUGCCCUUCCUGGCCGCCCAGAACGCCCUGUCCUACUGGCCCUUCGGCUCCCUCAUGUGCCGCCUGGUCAUGGCCGUGGACGGCAUCAACCAGUUCACCAGCAUCUUCUGCCUCACGGUCAUGAGCGUGGACCGCUACCUGGCCGUGGUGCAUCCGGCCCGCUCGGCACGCUGGCGCACGGCCCCCGUGGCGCGGGCCGUCAGCGCGGCCGUGUGGGUGGCCUCGGCCGUGGUGGUGCUGCCCGUGGUGGUGUUCUCGGGCGUGCCGCGGGGCAUGAGCACCUGCCACAUGCAGUGGCCCGAGCCCGCGGCCGCCUGGCGCGCCGGCUUCAUCAUCUACACGGCGGCGCUGGGCUUCUUCGGGCCGCUGCUGGUCAUCUGCCUCUGCUACCUGCUCAUCGUGGUCAAGAUGCGCUCGGCGGGCCGGCGCGUGUGGGCGCCCUCGUCCCAGCGGCGGCGGCGCUCGGAGCGCCGGGUCACCCGCAUGGUGGUGGCCGUGGUGGCCCUCUUCGUCCUCUGCUGGAUGCCCUUCUAUGUGCUCAACAUCGUCAACGUGGUGUGCCCGCUGCCCGAGGAGCCCGCCCUCUUCGGCCUCUACUUCCUGGUGGUGGCACUGCCCUACGCCAACAGCUGUGCCAACCCCAUCCUCUACGGCUUCCUCUCCUACCGCUUCAAGCAGGGCUUCCGCCGGGUCCUGCUCCGGCCCUCCCGCCGGGUGCGAAGCCAGGAGCCCCCGGCCGGACCUCCGGAGAAGACAGAGGAGGAGGAGGAGGAGGAGGAGGAGGACGAGGAGGAGAACGAGGAGGGAGAGGGAGGUGGGGGCAAGGGGGCAGGGAAGCAGGGGAAAGCCAAGCAGAUGAACGGCCGGGUCAGCCAGAUCGCACAGCCUGGCACCAGCAGGCAGGAGCUGCCUCCCAGCGGUGUGCCCGGCAGGGAGCGGCAGUUCCUGCCCCAGGAGCCGUCUGCAGGGGAGAAGCCGGGCACCCUGCACAUCAGCUGUCUGUAG